GGCGCUCGAAUGAUCUGUUCGGAAUUCAGCAGCAGUACAAGUGAUGAAGAGAGACUGUAUAAGACAGUUUGCGCCUGUUUUCAGCUUCUCUUUCUCAUCUCACACAAACUGAAUGUAUGUGUGAUUAAAACACCUGCCGAGAGGGUGUGGUGUUAUUAAAGGUCUUGCAGUGGAAUAAACGCUUGCAGCCAGAGUUUGAUCCGUGAUGGGCGGCGGAGGACAGCAGACGGAGCAAAUCUCCGGUACCGAUCGGAGGUUCGGCACUUACACCUGGGAGGAGGUGCAGAAACACACGAAGAACGGCGAUCAGUGGAUCGUGGUGGACAGGAAGGUUUAUAAUGUGAGCCAGUGGGUGAAACGACAUCCCGGAGGAUUGAGGAUCAUCGGACACUAUGCUGGAGAAGAUGCGACGGAGGCGUAUACUGCAUUUCAUCCAGACCUUCAGCUGGUGAGGAAAUACAUGAAGCCGUUGUUAAUCGGGGAGCUGGAGGCGUCUGAACCCAGUCAAGACCGGCAGAAAAAUGCUGCCCUUGUGGAGGAUUUCCGAGCCCUGCGUGAGCGUAUGGAGGCUGAGGGCUGUUUCAAAACACAACCUCUAUUUUUCAUCUUACACCUGGCUCACAUCCUGCUCCUGGAGGCUGUUGCUCUGCUGAUGGUGUGGUACCUGGGAACCGGUUGGAUGAACACUGCCAUUGUUGCUGUUUUACUGGCCACCGCACAGUCCCAGGCUGGAUGGUUGCAGCAUGACUUUGGUCAUCUCUCUGUGUUUAAAACCUCUCGAUGGAAUCACCUGGUGCACAAAUUUGUCAUCGGACACCUGAAGGGCGCGUCGGCGGGCUGGUGGAACCAUCGUCACUUCCAGCAUCACGCUAAACCAAACGUGUUCAAAAAAGACCCAGACGUCAACAUGCUCAAUGCAUUUGUUUUGGGAGAUGUGCAGCCUGUGGAGUACGGGAUUAAAAAGAUCAAGAAUCUGCCCUACAAUUAUCAGCACAAAUACUUCUUCUUCAUCGGACCACCUCUCCUUAUUCCGGUCUAUUUCCAAUUCCAGAUAAUUCAAAAUAUGAUCGCACAUGGUCUUUGGGUGGACUUUUUGUGGUGUGUUAGUUAUUACAUUCGAUACCUGCUGUGUUUCACACAGUUUUAUGGGUUGUUUGGAGCAGUGCUGCUGUUUAAUGCCAUCAGGUUCUUGGAGAGUCACUGGUUUGUGUGGGUGACCCAGAUGAGCCACAUCCCCAUGAACAUCGACUACGAGAAACACCACGACUGGUUGAAUAUGCAGCUGGAAGCGACCUGCAACAUUGAACCGUCCUUCUUUAACGACUGGUUCAGCGGACACCUCAACUAUCAGAUCGAGCACCAUCUCUUCCCCACAAUGCCCCGGCACAAUUACUGGCGUGCCGCACCUCACGUACGUGCUUUAUGUGACAAAUAUGGCGUUAAGUACCAGGAGAAGACCUUGUUCCGGGCCUUUGCAGAUGUUGUCAGGUCACUGGAGAAAUCCGGAGAGCUUUGGCUGGACGCUUACCUCCACAAAUAACAUCUCACUUUCAUAUUAAAACAUCUUCCUCUAGUUAGAAGCAGAAGGUUAUCCACCAAUCAGAGUGAGCAUUUCAGAGGCGUUUCGAGGAGACUGGCUGUGAUUGGUUAGUUCACUAGACAUCAGGAAUUAUCGUACUAAAAGAGUCAAUCGGUUCUCUAAAAUGAUUGUUAGCACCUUAUUUGAAGUCUGAGAUUGAAGCGCAAUUGUGGCACUUUGAAUGUGUUUCUUGGGAGUAAUCAGAGAUGUGCAUCAUUCUUGAUAAAGCUUGGUUAAAUGUACGUGUAUGCGAAGGUCCACGAAAGUCACGUGAUUACUGGAUUACAAUUGCUGCAUUAUAUAUUUGUGUAGUUGCUACAGUAGAUACACUGAAUAUUUUGUAUAAUUUUUUUGGCUUUUAGUCAGUAGUAAUUGAGUAUUUCUCAAAUUUGCAAUACAAUGAUUUUUUUGGAAAAAAACAAACAUUUUUGACAAAAACUACUAAACUUUCCUCUAAUUGUACUUUAGGUUUAAUGUGAAUAUUAAUGACUUCUCGCUACUUGAGAGGAUUUCUGAUUAAAUCUAAUCUGUGCAUUAACGCUGAA